UUCUCCCGCUAUUUUCCGUCUCUCCUGUUUACGGCGAAGAACAGAGCAAAACAUUUUCGCUUCAAUGGUUCAGUUACUGUCUCCCGUCUGCACUGAUUCAAUCAAAUUUCAGAAUCCGUCACAGUUCUUUUACUCGAGUUACCGAUGUCGCACGUUGUCUAAGAACAACGCCCAAUGGUCGACGACGAUCGGCGUUGGCCGGAGAAGAUGCUGUAAACUCAAGGCUACUACCAAAGAAUCCAGUUCUCAGGACGAUAUUGCGGAUGAUUAUUAUGCCGUAUUAGGUCUGCUGCCUGAUGCAACAACAGAGCAGAUUAAGAAGGCUUAUUAUAAUUGCAUGAAAGCUUGCCAUCCUGACUUGAGUGGCAAUGAUCCCGAGUCAACAAACUUUUGCAUGUUCAUCAAUGAGGUUUAUACGGUGCUCAGUGACCCUGUGCAGCGUAUGGUGUAUGAUGAAAUUCAUGGGUAUGCAUUGACUGCAAUCAACCCUUUCUUGGAUGAUGAAGCUCCAAAGGACCAUGCGUUUGUUGAUGAGUUUAGUUGCAUAGGUUGUAAAAACUGUGCUAAUGUGGCUCCUGAUGUAUUCCAAAUCGAGGACGACUUUGGAAGAGCUAGAGUCUACAGCCAAUCUAGAAAUCCCGAAUUAGUUCAACAGGCUAUUGACAGUUGCCCAGUUGAUUGUAUUCAUUGGACUUCUGCUGCACAGCUGUCUCUGCUUGAAGAUGAAAUGCGAAGGGUAGAAAGAGUAAAUGUUGCUCUAAUGCUUUCAGGAAUGGGAGCUGCUUCACUUGAUGUUUUCAGAAUGGCAAGCACAAGGUGGGGGAAGCGACAAUCAAAAGUCUUGGAAAAAGCUAAACAGAGGAUGAUGAACCAGAAAGAUUCUGGUAAAAGUGGAUCAUACUGGAGUGACCUUUGGGGAAAACCUAAAGACUACCAAAAUACAGAGGAAUCAGCAAAAGAAAGAGCAAAGAAAGCAGCUGCUGCAGCUCGAAGAUGGAGGGAGUACUCAAGGAAGGGUGCUGAUAGGCCUCCCACCUUCAAACUUCCAGAGGCAAUCUCCAACAAGGAAUAACCCAGUCCGGGCUCAUGUAAUUAAUCAUGUAAAGCUAAUUAUUUGUGGAAUUCUUCUAAAUCCACUGUCCUGUAAUUUAUGUAAAAUAGAUGCCCAUUCUAGUAAUUUUGAAACUUUAAAAUCAGCUUAAAUGCAAUGAUAAAGAA